AUGACGAAAAAUAUUAUUGUGAUUUCACUUUUAUGUCUGUGCUGCCAUCACACACUGCAGCUAAUCCCAUUACCUGAUUUCAUCCAUCCUUGCGAUGACCUCAACGACGAAUGCUUCACAAAGGCCACACUGGACGCCAUACCGGGAGUGGUAAGGGGAAUCCCCGAGGCCGACAUACCGCCCUUGGAUCCCCUACACUUGGACAGGAACAUCACUAUGGACCUCCCAGGAAACGUUAAAAUGACCUUUCACAAUGGAAAACUUCUCGGAUUGAGCACAUGCGUACCAAAUAAAGUUUCAUCGCAGCGUGAGAAACGAACAUUCGUUUUCGACAUCCAGUGCAACUUCACGAUCAAAGGCCACUACAGCAUCGUAGGCAGGAUCCUGCUGUUUAACCUCAAUACGGAAGGAAAUGCAAAGAUUAAGAUUUGGAACCAACGCAUCCAUCUCGAGGUCCUCGAGAAGGUGGUGAGGAACAAUAAGGGUGAAGGCCACUACAAGAUCAACUCGUACAAGUACAAAGCAGACUACGGCACAGACCUGAAGCUAAACCUGACGAAUCUAUUCAGGGGAAGCCCGGAAAUUAGUGCGAACAUACUCAACGUGCUCAACUCCAACUCUCAACUAGUCGCCCAGGAGUUCGGCGGCCCGAUCCUGGACUACGCAAUAGACUACGCGAUGAACGUCACGCAGCGGUUCUUCAGCGCGUACACGUACGACCAGCUCAGCCACGUGCCCCUUACCGAGGAGUUCUUCGAGGACGAC